AUGGACGGAGCCGAAGACAAGCAGGCCGCCACCGCCAAUCAGCCGACGACCACUCCGACGUCGUCGCUGCCGUCGCACGACGUUCAGCGGGACACCGUCAAGGCGGCCAGUGCGAAAAACAAACACACCACCGUCCACCAGCCGUUGAGCGCUCUGCAGACGUCCUCGCUCUCGCCACACGACGGUCGGCGGGAGGCCAUCAAGGUGGCCGCCGGCGCCGAAGAGUACGCGGCGAUUAGGAUUUUUCAGGUCACCCUGCCCACGUCCGAUCCGACGUCCCCGCUGUCGCCACCGGGAGGUCAGCAGGACGUUGGCCAGAGCACCACCGCCGUGGCCGCUACGACCGCGGCCACGGCCACGACGGCAGCGCCCACGUCGCCGCUGGACCAGGUCCUCAUCUGCGGCCACGGCCGAUUCCAGGCGAUCGUGCUGGUCUGCACCACACUGGCCUUCUUCACGACCAUCGUGCACGCACUUGCCUCCGCCAACUUGGCAAGGCCCGUGGACCACUGGUGCAGGCCUCCCGCCACGUACUCGUACAUGACCCCGGAGGCGUGGAGGAACGUCGGCAUACCGGUCGUCCGGGACCAAGACGGCGGUGAGAGCAGAAGCCAGUGCCUGCGCUUCGAGCCUCCGUUGCCGGACCCCGAGUCGUCCGGCGAGACCCCGGACAACCGGACCGCGGUCCCCUGCGACGCCGGCUGGCAGUACGAGUCCGGGGCAAGCUCGGGCAAACCCUGCCACGGCAUUUUCUUCGGCGACUCGCACGUCCACUCCAUCGUGGACGAGUGGGACCUGGUGUGCGGCCGCGGCUGGAUCGUGUCGGCGCUCGCCGCGGCGUACAUGGCCGGAGGCGUGGUCGGCGCUCCGAUUGCGGGCGUAGCGGCCGACCGCAUCGGUCGCCAGCCCGUCCUCUGCAUCUGGCUCGUGUUGCUCGUCUUCGCCGGCACCACGCUCGCGUUCGCCCAAAAUGUGUCCCUCUUCUCCACGCUGCGGUUCCUGCUGUCGGCGGGCGCCGCCGGCGUGCUGGUGGCGUCCCACGUGAUGCUCUUCGAGGUGACCGACACGGAGCACCGCGCCCCCUACUGCGCCAUCGCUGUCGCGGGAGCCACGUUCUUCGCGGCCGUGUACAGCGAGCUCGUCCACGUCUUCGUCUCCAACUGGCACGACGCGCAGUCGGUGUCUCCGCAGUUGGCCUACAUGGUGCCAACGUGCGGCCUGGUCGCCGCGGUGUACCUGGUGGAGGAGUCCCCCUGCUGGCUCCUGGCCCUCUGCGAGCUGCGCUACGCCGAGAACGUGCUCGCUCGGGCCGCGUACAUCAACGCAAUCGAGCCACAGCAGUUUAGGCGCCGGCUGUCGGCGCUCAAGGGCGAGGUGAAGCGGCAGCACGACCACCUGGGGACCCAGCAAGAACCGGAAGGCGGCCACGCCAUCGUCUCGGACCACGAGGUACGCCUGUCGGACCUGCUGUCCUACCAGCCCCUGCGCCAGCGGUCGGCCAUCAUCUUCGGCUGCUGGUUUCUGGUGUUCGGCACCUUCUCGCACCUCAGCACGAGUCACGUGAUGCGCACGAACGAAGCGGCGCGCUCUACCUUGGUGCUCCUGCGGAUGCCCUGCGUCGUGGCGGACGUCUACGUCCUCAAGCACGUCGGCCGGCGCCUGUCUCUCGCCGCCAGUAUGCUGGCCCUGUCCCUCGCCAUGGGCGCCCUGUCCGUGGCCCACGUCUUCGACGAGCUAGCCGCCGUCCUCGUCGUCUCGGGGCUCGUCGUCUUCGACCUGUCCGUCAUCACGGUUUUCGCCUUAUCCGCCGAGCUCUACCCGACCGUGAUCCGAGGAGCGGCGCUGGGCUGCUGCUACAUGAGCGGCCGGCUCGGUGCCUUGGUGGCGCCGUUCGUGAACGAGAUCCCGUCGCCGGUGCUCAAGAGCGUUGCGUACGCCGUCUCCGCCGCCAUGUUGUUGCUGUUGGGCACGAUGGCGUUCGCGCUGCCGGAGACGAGGCACCUGCCGCCCUCGAACACGGUGCAGGGCAUGAUGGCCGUGGAGGACAAGUGGCAGCUCUACUCUCCGCUUCGCGUGGCCCGAAGCGGAAGCAAGCGCAGGCGCUCCAAGGCGACGUUAACGGAGAGCCACCAAAUGCGACGUCGCAGUUCUUUACCGCGACAGCAGGGUGUAGUACGUGUGAAGCCGGCGGCCAGCAGCUGAUAUGUCCGCAAAGAACUUGCGGCAGACUGCGGCUUCUCCAUUUCUUUUAUUAUUUUAUUCUCUUAUCAUCGUGCGCCAAGCUUUACUUUUGCGUUUAAUGUCAACGCGCUGUUUCUGUGACGUUUGUUGACUAUCGCCCGCUCAAACUGCCUGCAGUUAAAGCGGGACAUUUCGUUUAACCGCCUUGCGAACUGCGAAUCGCAUUAGUAAAGCUGUGCGACGGACCUAUAUGUGUAUUAUAUGACGCGUCCAAGAAGACACCGUAUCCGUCAAACAGAAACAGUUGGUAGGAUGCCGUUUCUCGCAUGCGUUGGGAGUUGGGCUAGAUAUGGAACUUAAAGCUCUGCGCACUGAAUAGACUGCUCACUGAACAUCGCCCCCGAGGGCUCUGUGGUCGCUGCGCAUGCGUUAGCUGAGAGAAGGUGAGAUAGAAUAAGUUUGGUUUACGGGAUGUGACGUCACAUUUUUUUUUUUUUUUUUUUGAGGAAACUACUCUUGAACUCUGGCAGCAUGGCUCGCAUCUCGUUCGCGCGCGCACCGUAUCAGUGCCUCUUUUUGCAGUGCCUGCCAUUUUGCGGAGAGAACAAAGGGGACGCGCAGUCAGUCGAGUUGCACGGCGCCGCCGCUUACCUUUGUGGGGGCGCCACUCAACUAGACUGUGUGUCAAUGGCGAACGAACGCGCGCUGCUCGCGCACUGCUAUAAUAUAUAGGGUACGAAUGUUUGCUGCGCAGCGUGGCUCGAUUGUGCAGCGUCUAAAGCGUACGCGCCAGCAGAGUGCUAAGCCGCCUUUAAAGGACAGCUCGCGAUGGAUGGAACUUAUGCGAUUCUCGAGAACUGAAAGCACAUGCACAGUUGAAUUUCUGCAACCUGCUUAUCGCGCCCAUUACGUACACUGAGCUGAAGGGGCUGCGAACCUCUGUGUGACGCACUCGUGGCGUGUAAAUUUGCGAUGCAUGAGCACCAGCCGCUUCACCAGGAACUGAAAACAAGG